CUCAAGUCAGUUACACCUCCAGACAUGAUCGGUUUACUGUUAGCCGGUUGCUUCACUUUUGCGCCUGUUACAAGCGCCCGGACCGCUAACUCGAAUCAAUCCCCGAGAGAUAAUGCAACCCUGGAGAUCAAAUCGCUCGAUUUCCAUUCCGAUCGACAGGGAAAGUUUUUCCCGCUAUUCAGCGUCGUGCGUUUCGCCAAUUCCGAGUGCCUGUCGAGCACCGAUCAACUCAACGGCACGUGCUUCACGAGACGGGAGUGCACCAACUUCGGCGGUAAUCCCUCGGGCCCGUGCGCUAACGGACUAGGCACUUGCUGCGUUUUUCAGAAAUCCUGCGGCUCCACUACUAACAUAAAUAACACGUACUUCGUGAAUCCGAGAUACCCGAUUACUUAUCGAGGAGGCGAACGGUGCUCGAUCACGGUGCAACGAUGUAACUCCAACAUAUGUCAGCUGCGUUUGGAUUUUUUGGAAGCCACUUGGGCCCAACCGAAUGCGACCGGGUGGUGCGACUUCGACGUGUUUCUGGUGUCCGGCGGCUCGUCCACGGUACCCAGAAUAUGCGGAGAAAAUACGAAUCAGCAUGUGUACGUCGACUUCAAUGGUGCAACGCCGAUCACAAUAUCCGUCGAUACUAACGCGGAUUAUGCGUUCGAUCGACGCUGGAACAUAAGAAUUCAACAAAUAGCAUGUGACUCCGUGUGCAAAGCUCCCAAUGGAUGUCUGCAAUAUUACAAGUCCGUUUCUGGCACCGUAAUGAGCUUCAACUUCGGUACGACGGAAAACGCUCGAGCGCCUCAAAUUGGAACGCGACAGAUGGUGAAUCACCGUUACGGCGUUUGCGUUAGGAUGGAGCUGGGAUACUGUAGCAUCGAAUGGUCGCAAGCGGACAGAUUCUCCUUUUCCGUUUCCGGGGAUACCGGAUCGUUCGAUCCAGACAUAAUAGGCACCGACUUGGUGGCAGAAUCGGGCGCUGCCUGCACGACUGAUUUUGUGAUUGUACCUGACCCGCGUGAAAAUGGCAUUCCCGCCAAUACGGACAGAUUUUGCGGGAAUGGAUUCAUAACUAAAACAUCGGAUUUAAAGCCGUUCGUAAUGUACGUCGUUACAAAUGGCGACGAGAUGCUGGAGGCUCAGAACAAAGGUUUCAGACUCAUGUUCCGUCAAAUACCUUGUGCGGUCUAAGUUACGCAUAAGUUACGAGAGUAAUUAAAACGAAUGUAUGUACUGAUAUAUCAUUUAAUCACGUCAUUAUAUCAGUUAAUACGUAAAUAAAUAACUCUAUGUACGCGG